AUGUUCUCCAGCAGACUCAUCUCCCGAGCCUUCUCCACCGGCUCUCAGUGCAAUGCCAAGGUCGCCGUGCUCGGUGCCUCAGGCGGUAUCGGACAGCCGCUCUCGCUGCUGCUCAAGCAAAGUCCUCUAGUCACCGACCUCGCUCUCUACGAUAUUGCCCACACUCCGGGUGUGGCGGCCGACCUGAGCCACAUCAACAGCAAGGCCCGCGUGACCGGCUUCGUCGGUGCCGAGCAGCUGGCGGACGCCCUCAAGGGCGCCGACGUGGUGGUCAUUCCCGCCGGUGUGCCGCGAAAGCCCGGCAUGACGCGUGACGAUCUGUUCAACACCAACGCCUCCAUCGUCCGAGAUCUGGCGGAGGCGGCGGCGAAGAACUGCCCGAAGGCCUGCCUGGCCAUCAUCUCCAACCCGGUCAACUCCACCGUGCCCAUCGCCUCUGAGGUGUUCAAGAAGGCGGGCGUCUACGACCCGAACCGCAUCUUCGGCGUCACCUCACUGGACGUGGUUCGUGCCAACACCUUCAUCGCCGAGGCGAAGGGCCUGGACCCUGCCACCGUCGAUGUGCCCGUCAUUGGCGGCCACGCUGGCAUCACCAUCAUCCCGCUGCUGUCGCGUGCCAACCCGGCGGUCUCCUUCCCCGACGACAAGGUGGACGCGCUGACGAAGCGCAUCCAGGACGCCGGCACUGAGGUGGUGAAGGCCAAGGCCGGAGCUGGCUCUGCCACUCUUUCGAUGGCUUUUGCCGGCGCUCGCUUUGCAAUUUCGCUGCUACGAGGAAUGAACGGCGAGAAGGUGGUGGAGUGCGCUUUUGUCAAGUCUGACGUGACCGAGUCCACCUACUUUGCCACUCCGCUGGUCCUCGGAAAGAACGGCCUUGCGCAGAACCUGGGCAUCGGCAAUGUGAACAAGUACGAGCAGGAGCUGAUCAAGAACGCUAUUCCCGAGCUGAAGGCCAGCAUCAAGAAGGGCGAGGACUUUGUCAACAAGAAGUAA